AUGGCGUACAGGAUGCUGAUUUCGAAGUGCACCGAGUGCGAGAGGGAGUACAGCAUCCAGACCAACGUCCCGGGCAGGAGCAUGACCGGCAUCAUCCGCGCGUCCGAGAACGAGAUCAAGCAGAGGAAUGUGUACGUGGCUGCGAACACGUCCGACAGCACCAACGGGCCCCAGAACCACCGCAACAUCAAGAGCAUGUACUUGUGCGGCACCGAGGACGCGGUCGUGAUCCCGGGACGAGAAGAGCCGCGCGAGCUGAUCACGCACCUGAAGAUGAACGACUACCCGAACUCGUCCUGCCACCAGAACACGGCGGUGGCCUGCAUCGUGUGCACGAAGACGAUCUUAAUCAUGACCACGAGCGGGUGCAAGCACGAGCUGCUGGACGGCUGCUUAGCCCCGGGCGUGUACUGGUUCAGGACCACAACCUGCUCCAGGUGCACGAAGAAGAUCGAGAGCAAGCACGAGGUCAGGACCUGCGCCGGGGUCGUGGGCACGGACGUGGUCAUGAGCCUGCCCUCGUACUUGAACGUAGCCAGGUACCUGAGCAAGUACCCGCGCAUCCACACAGUCGCGGACAUGCACUCGGUCGAAGACUUGACCAGCAUCAGGAACUCGAUCUCGCCCAAGGCCACGGCCAUGAUCGUGGUGUCGGAUCAGUCCAUCUCCCUGGACGCGUUCUCAGUCGCGGACUUCUAG